UACGGCCACAUUUCCACGUGGGAGACUGGCGGGGUAACGGACAUGGAUGAGUUGUUCGAGGACGCCUCGUCUUUCAACGAGGACAUUAGCGCUUGGGAUACCUCAGGUGUAACGUCGAUGGCGGACAUGUUCAAGGAAGCAUCCAGCUUCAAUCAGGACAUCGGUGAUUGGGCGGUCGACAGCGUCACGGACAUGAGCUACAUGUUCGCCGACUCGGCCUUCAACCAGGACCUCGGCUGGUGCGUGGACGACGACGUCGACCUGUACUACAGCUUCUCCGGCACCCCGUGCGAGUCGACGUCGUGCGGCGUCGUGCAA